ACAAGAUCAUCUCAUGAUAGUUUAUCAACCAUACGAUAAACACAUAAAAGUCAAAGAUCACUAGACAGUAUAAAUUGGGAUCAUUGGUAUAAGGUUAUUGCACCAUCAACAUUCAACAAAACUAGAAGAUUUUCAAGCUUCAUUCGACAAUGGCUCCUAGCUUUGAUGAUGGCGACUCACUAUACAACUUUGUGGUCAGAGAUGGCAAUGGUGUUAAAGGCAUGGUGGACCUUGGUCUGGAGAAGGUGCCAGAGCAAUACAUUCAGCCACAGCAUGAGCGCAUAGACAAGCUCAAAGCAAGUUCCUAUGAUCGGCCGCCAAUAGAUUUAUCAAUGCUUGGCGGACCUCAGCAUAGCCAAGUGAUGGAGUUGAUAGCCGAGGCAGCCGAGAGUGUGGGGUUCUUCCAAGUUGUGAACCAUGGGGUGCCCAAUGAAGUGCUGGAGUCGGUUAAGAGCGCGGCGCAUGAGUUCUUUGGACAAGCUCCUGAGAAGAAGGCGGUGUAUCGGAAGGGGGUGAGCCCGAGCCCGUACGUGAAGUAUGGGACGAGCUUUGUGCCUGAGAAAGAGAAGGCAUUGGAGUGGAAGGACUACGUUAGUAUGGUGUAUACGAGCGAUGCCGAUGCAUUUGAAUUUUGGCCUAAUGAAUGCAAGGAAGUAGCGCUAGAGUUCCUGAAGGCAUCCAUCUCAAUGGUGAGAAGAAUACUAGAAGUGUUAAUGGAGAAGCUUGGAGUAACUCUAGAUGAAUCAAGAAUCGAUGGCCUCAUUGGUUUAAAAAUGGUGAACAUGAACUUCUACCCCACCUGCCCUAACCCGGAUCUCACCGUUGGCGUGGGACGCCACUCUGAUAUGGGCAUGUUAACGGUGUUGCUACAAGAUGGUAUCGGCGGAUUAUACGUGAAAAUGGAGGAAGACAUCACAGGUGCUGGAAAGAAAGGAGAGUGGGUGGAGAUACCACCCACACCAGGCGCAUUGGUCAUCAAUGUUGGUGAUACAUUACAGAUAUUAAGCAAUGGGAAGUACAAAAGCGCAGAACAUAGGGUGCGUACCACAAGCACUCAAUCCAGAGUGUCGAUCCCUAUAUUCACCAUUCCGAGACCAAAUGAGAAGAUCGGGCCAUUGCCUCAAGUGGUUGAGAGAGAUGGGGUUGCUCAUUAUCGCGAGGUUGUGGUUGAGGAGUACAUGAACAACUUUUUUGGGAAAGCUCAUGAAGGGAAGAAGUCACUAGAUUUUGCUCAGAUCAACUCCUCUUGAAGCAAAGACUAAUCACAUAUACAUUAUUAUGGUUUUUCUUUUGCAUGGUUGGUCAUCCAAAAUUGAUUUGCCUUGACGUCAAACAUAUGUGGCAUAGGGCUAAAUAAAUUGUCCUCAAGCGUGUCUUUCUUUAGUAAAUUAAGAAUCCUUUGCCUUAAUAAAGAUAACUGUUUCACUCGGGUCUUAGUUAA